AUGGCAAAUUGUGAUCAACAGCCACCGAGCGAGGGCGUCCCUCCACUCUCGGGAUCUGUGUCUCCUGUUGGGAGAAACACCUAUCCGCCUGUGUCCCACGGCCAAGACGAAUCCCAGACAUGGUUGGCUUAUGAUAGGGCAGCGAGUUGCUCACCGGCCUCGGCACCACCCGAACCGGUAGAUUGUCUAGCAGGAGAGACACGGUCCAUGGUUAUCGAAGAUACAUUGCCGAGGCACCGUGGACCAUCCUUGAACAAGUUCCAAACGAUAAUGCAAAUGAAAGAGCGGACACGGGCCAAAGCAGACACUAAAACCAAAAGCCACCUUUCGUUAGAGGGCCCAAUGCGGAGAUCGACCUCUUUGCUAUUCGGCCUAGUGGUCUUUGGGUUUAUGCUUUUGCAGUGGGUCAUCACUCGGUGUUCAACUUCUUGGACGGCAAGCAGGUUUCAUCAGACUCUCAAACCUGGGCAAAUCGCAUAUUAA